AUGGCUCCCGCACCCUUAGACGACGGCUUCGAGGCCCUGCUGGAGCCUUUCUACAAUGGCAAGAAGCUGACAGACCCUAUCUCGACAAAGGAGGACAAGUACCAGUUGCUGCCUGCCUUCCUGAAGGUCAAGGGUCUUGUCAAGCAGCACAUCGACUCGUACAAUUUCUUCGUCGAGCACGAAAUUAAGGACAUUGUCCGCGCCAACCGCUCCAUUCGCAGCGAUCAGGAGAAGGACUUCUGGCUCGAGUUUACCGAUAUCCGCGUUCUUACCCCAACUCGCAAUGAUUACUCCGAUUUCAAGGCGCGGGACGAGGUCACUCCCAUGGAGUGCCGUCUACGCGACAUGACUUAUGCCGCUCCUGUCGUCGUCGACAUCGUCUACUCGCGCGACCGCAAGCGCAUCGUCCGCAAGGACAUCCCGCUCUGCCGCAUCCCCGUCAUGCUCAAGAGCUCCAAGUGCGUGCUCAGCAAGGCCACCAAUGCCCAGAUGGAAAUUAUGAACGAGUGUCCCCUCGACCCUGGUGGUUACUUUAUCAUCAAUGGCACGGAGAAGGUCAUCCUGAUUCAGGAGCAGCUCAGCAAGAACCGUGUCAUCGUCGAGGCAGAUGAAAAGACCGGUGGUGUGCAGGCCUCCGUAACCAGUUCGACUCACGAACGCAAGUCGAAGACCUAUGUCAUUCUCAAGAAGGACCGCAUCGUUCUUAACCACAACGUCCUCGUCGAGCCCAUCCCAAUUGUCAUCGUUCUCAAGGCCCUCGGUGGCCUCUCUGACUACCAAAUCCUUGAGCUUGUGGCUGGCGGUGAUGCUCUGUACCAGGAUGACUUCCUUGUCAACUUUGACGAAGCUACCCGCGCCGGCGUGUUUACGCAACAGCAGGCUCUGGAGUACAUCGGUCUAAGGGUCAAGAUGGGUGGUUCAAAGAAGGGUCGAUCGCCCAAUGCACCGCGUCGAAGCCCGGUUGAGGAAGGUCUUGAUGCACUUACGAAUCUCAUUAUUGCCCACAUUACUAUCGAGGACCUCGACUUCUACCCGAAGGCCAUCUACAUCGCUAUGAUGGUCCGUCGCGUCCUCAUGGCCGCCCAUAAUCCUAAGCUGAUCGAUGAUCGUGAUUUCGUUGGCAACAAGCGAUUCGAGUUGGCCGGUCAGCUGCUCUCGCUGCUAUUCGAAGAUCAGUUCAAGAUGUUUAUUGCCAGCUUGAAGGGAAACAUGGAGUAUUUCUUCAAGAAGCCCAACCGGACGUCGGCCUAUGAUCCUGUCGGUCCCAUCAGCAGUCAAGGUCAAUACAUUACCCAGGGUCUGAAUCGCGCCAUCCAGAGCGGUAACUGGACAGUCAGACGUUUCAACAUGAACCGUGCGGGUGUCACUCACGUCCUGAGUCGACUCAGUUACAUCUCGGCGCUCGGUAUGAUGACCCGUAUCAGCAGCCAGUUCGAGAAGACCAGGAAAGUCAGUGGUCCCCGUGCGCUUCACCCAUCGCAGUGGGGUAUGCUCUGCACAUCUGAUACCCCCGAAGGUGAAGCUUGCGGUCUGGUCAAGAACUUGGCCCUCAUGACACACAUCACCACAAACGCUGAUGAGGAGCCCGUGAAGGAUUGCAUCUUCGAUCUGGUCCCUGGAGUUGAGCCCAUCCGUGUCUUCACCGGUAGCGAAAUGCACCGCCCGGGCUCCUAUAUCAUCCAUCUAAACGGUACGCCAUUUGCGCUGACCCGACAUCCUAAGCAAUUCGCCGCGCGGUUUAGAACGUUGCGCCGUCGUGGUCACAUCUCGCCGUUUGUCAGUAUCCAUACCAACGAGCACUUCUCGGCUAUCCACAUUGCCACAGAUGAAGGUCGCAUCUGCAGGCCGUAUAUUAUUGUCAAGGAUGGCAAGUCGAGGUUGAAACCAGAGCAUUUGAGGCUUCUUCAACUGGGUAAGGCCAGUUUUGAUGACUUCUUGAGGCUCGGAGUGGUCGAAUACCUCGAUGUCAACGAGGAGAACGACGCACUGAUUGCCAUGAACGAGGAUGAGAUCACACGCGCGACAACCCACAUGGAGAUUGAGCCGUUUACAAUUCUGGGUGCCGUCGCCGGCCUGAUUCCGUUCCCCCACCACAAUCAGUCUCCCCGUAACACCUACCAAUGCGCCAUGGGUAAACAAGCCAUUGGUGCAAUUGCUUACAAUCAGUUUAACCGUAUUGAUACCCUUCUCUACACGCUGGUGUACCCCCAGCGACCCAUGGUCAUUACCAAGACCAUUCAGCUCAUUCAUUACGACAAGCUGCCGGCCGGCCAGAACGCAACGGUCGUGGUUAUGUCAUACUCGGGUUAUGAUAUCGAAGACGCGCUGGUGUUGAACAAGGCUUCAUGCGAUAGAGGCUUCGGACGCUGCCAAGUGUUCCGCAAGUACACGGCCGAGCUGCAGCAGUAUGCCAACGGCCGGAAAGAUCGCCUGGGCGGACCGCAGAAGGAUGAGGAGGGCCGCACGAUCGCCAAGCACGCUUGCCUGGACCGCGACGGUCUUGCCAUUGUCGGUUACCAGAUCCGCUCCGGCGAGACCAUGAUCAUGAAGGAGACUCCUGUAGACGUGACGUCAACUGGCAUCGGCGGUGACCGCGGCUCGGAUGCCUAUGUCCCUGCCCCUGUCAACUACCGCAUCAACGACCCAGCUUACAUCGACAAGGUGAUGGUGUCGAAUACGGAGAAGAACACAGCCAUUAUCAAGGUCCAAACUCGCCAGACCCGUCGCCCUGAGCUCGGCGACAAGUUCUCCUCUCGCCACGGUCAGAAGGGUGUUGUCGGCAUUAUCGUCAACCAGGAAGACAUGCCCUUCUCCGACAGCGGUAUAGUGCCCGACAUCAUCAUGAACCCUCACGGUUUUCCCUCUCGAAUGACAGUCGGCAAGCUCUUCGAAUGCUUGACCGGCAAGGCCGCCGUCGUCGCCGGCCGCCCCGACUACGGCUUCGGCGACGCCUUCCGCUCCCACCCCGUCGAGGAGAUGGGCCGCGUCCUCAUCGAGCACGGCUUCUCCUGGGAAGGCAAGGACUACUUCACGUCCGGCAUCACGGGCAACCCGCACGAGGCCUACCUCUUCAACGGUCCCAUCUACUAUCAGCGUCUGAAGCACAUGGUGCAGGACAAGAUGCACUCCCGCUCGCGCGGUCCUCGCGCCAUCCUCACGCGCCAGCCGACGGAAGGUCGUUCGCGCGACGGUGGUCUGCGUCUCGGUGAGAUGGAGCGCGAUUGUUUGAUUGCAUAUGGUGCUAGCCAGCUACUGCUGGAGCGCCUGAUGAUUAGCUCGGACGCGACGCAGGUCGAUGUGUGCGAGGCGUGUGGGUUGUUUGGCUACAAGGGCUUCUGCCAGACUUGCCAGAGCACGGCGAAUGUUACCCAGAUGACCAUGCCGUAUGCGGCGAAGCUGCUUGUGCAGGAGCUGAUCAGUAUGAAUGUUGGUGUGAGGAUGCAGUUGGAGGAUAAGUUCCCUCAUCCGAGGUAG